AUGUAUUCGGCUUCCAACUCCUUCCUGGGCGGCGCCAAUAGUGCCCGCCCUGGUCCUACUCCUGGAGGCUUCGGGCAGCAGCAGUCGUUCGGCUCAUUUAAUCAAGCUCCCCAGCAGCAAGGUCCCUUUGCUCCACAGCCGACCGGCUUCCCCGGUCAGUUGCAGGCUCAGCAGACUGGCUUCCCUCCAUUUCAGCAGCAGUCGGGUUUCCAGGCUCCGGCGCAACAGCCUCAGUUUACGGGUUAUCCUCCUCAGAAUCAAGUCCAGCAGCCCCCCUUUCAGCAGGCACCACCUUUCCAGCAACAGCAGUCUUCCUUUCAAGCCGCUCCACCUCCCCCUGCCCCUCAACCACAGCAGCCCGCCGCUGCCCCUCUGCGUUCGCAGCAGACUUCCUCGCAGAUCGCGGCGUCCUUCACCCAAGGCUCGUCAAGUGCACCUCCGCCGAGGAGGGGCAGAGCUCAGAGCAAGAGCGCUAGCAAGAUCCCAAACAUCAGGUUGUCCUUCAUCACUGCCACGGACCAGGCAAAGUUUGAGCAGUUGUUCAAGUCCGCGGUGGGAGAGGGUCAAGCACUGAGCGGCGAUAAGGCCCGAGAUCUGCUUCUGAGGUCGAAGUUGCCAGGCAGCGCUUUGUCGCAGAUAUGGAUUCUCUCAGACACUACAAAGUCCGGCCAGCUCCUGUUCCCCGAGUUUGCUUUGGCCAUGUAUCUUUGCAACUUGAGUUUGACGGGGAAGGAGUUGCCGCCGGUACUGCCCGAGAAGAUCAAGAACGAGGUGUCAAGUAUGGUCGAUAUCAUUUCAUUCAGUGUUAUCGAGGACAAACCUCUCCCGACCCCGCGAACCAACGUACCGGACUUUGACGCUCCACUGAGGCAAAAUGCGAUGUCUCCUCCCGCUCCGCAACAACCUACGCCCCAGCAACCCAACAACCACCAGCUCCUGUCACAGCUUACCUCCCAGCCGACCGGCUUCUACAACCAAAUGCCAGGCCUUCAAUCGCACCCCACGGGGUUUCCUGGACAACAGCAACAAGGUUUGCAAGCCCAGGCGACUGGGUUUCCCGGUGCCGCUCAGCCGGCGGGUUUUGGUGGUGCGCGACCGUCCCUACCUCUGAUGCCAAGUGGUGGCUUUGGUUCAAAUGUGUCGCCUCAACAGACUGGUCUCAUGCAGGCACAGCCAACGGGCAUGCCCGGCCAGUGGGGAUUCGUGAAUGCACCAGCUGGUGGCUUGCCGAACAUUGAAGCUCUGCAACAGCGUCUGAUGCCGCAAACUGGCCGUGAAGCAGGAGGCUGGACGACGCAAGGUCUCACGAGCAAUGCAAAGAUUCCUUGGGCCGUGACCAAGGACGAGAAGCGGAUUUACGACCAGCUCUUCCGUGCUUGGGACGGCUUGGGCCGAGGCUACAUCUCUGGCGACACGGCGAUUGAGAUUAUGGGCCAGAGCGGCCUUGAAAGAUCGGAUCUGGAAUCAAUCUGGACGCUCUCUGACCCCAAUAACAAAGGUCGGUUGAAUAUGGAUGAGUUUGCCGUAGCUAUGCAUCUCAUCUACCGGAAAUUGAACGGGUAUGCCAUACCUGCUCGACUUCCCCCCGAACUGAUCCCUCCGUCGACGAAGAACUUCAACAGCUCUAUUGAUACUGUGAAGUCGCUGCUCUCUCAGGACGCCGAGGCUCGGAAGACCUCGGGCGCGUUUUUGCAACCGCAAAAGACGGGCGUUAGCUAUCUGAAGGAUCAUUCGUUCCGUUCUGGCUCAGCUUCACCUAGUUUUGGCCGCAAAGAUGCAACAAUCUUCCGGAAUAACGACGACGCUGUUGGCUACCGCUCAAGCGCGAGACGCCGUCUUGGAGAUGGAGGUAGUCGAACUUCGUCUCCUGCACCGUCAUCCGACGUCGGCGAUUCAGCCUACGACGAUCUGACCCCUGAUCAGAUCAGGAAGAAGAUCCGUGAGAAGAAGAUAAUGCUUGACGCUACUGAUUUUCAGGACGAGAGACAAGCGGAUGAUGAUGAUGUCCUGGAUCGUCGGGAUAGAAGGGAGGCUGAAGAACUCUUCAGACAGAUCCGCCGUGUUCAGGAUGACUGUGACACUCAUCCCAAUUCCGGUUUCGCUGGCGGUGACACAGGUGCUGAGAGGAGAGCAAUGAGAAGGGAGCUACAGCGAUACCAGGAUCGACUACCACAACUAGCAUCCGAUGUGCGGAAGGUGGAAAAGAGCAUUGCCGAGACCAAGCUGCAGCUUUUCCGUCUAAAGGAUGCCAAAGCCCACCCAAAUAGCGCCUCAAACAUCGUGGGAACCGGUCCUGGCGGCAGUGUCACCGAGGCAGAUCGGAUCAAGGCGCGAGCGCGCGCUAGGAUGCAAGCACGAGCCGCCGAACUAGCCGGCCGUCCCGCCCCUGCAGCGGACGACGAAAAUGGUGCUCAGAGGCGCUUGGAACAAGAAACAUCCAGCAUCAAGUCCGAACAGGAGCGGCACGAAGCAAUGACACGGGAUGUCGAAGAGAGCGCCAAGGAUUUCGUGACAACUCUAGAGGAUGGUCUGCGUGACUCAGGGGAAAAUGCGACCCAAGAACAUGAACGUAGGAGAUGGGAAGAAGCAUUGGGCGUCGAGGACGAAAUCAAAGAACUCAUCUACGAUCUGCAACGCAGUAGUAGGACUGCCAAGGUCCGGAAAGAAGAGCAAUCUCGCCAAGCUCCUGCUAGAAGAAGUUCGCGUGACUACAACCGUGAGGAAACAAAGCCCGCGAAUGGCGAUUCACCUUUACGAUCAACGCCACGUUCUCCACCCCCGGCCUCGUCCGUGGGCCAGUCGCAGCAAGAUCGUGUCGCUUCUGCCAAAGAGAAGGCCCUCAAACGUAUCCAGGAAAGAAUGGCAGCCGCCGGUCUCAAGCCUGCUGGUGAAGCUGGCGAGACAGCAGCGCAGCGGCAGGAACGUGAAAGGCGGGAGAGAGAGGAGCGGGUGCGGAAAGCCGAGGCCGAAGAUGCGAAACGCGAACAGGAGCGACAACAGAGACUUGCUAACGAGGGCGUCAUUCCUCCCAGCCCCAAAAACGAGAAAAAGCCACCUCCGCCGGCACCUCGAAAGCAGCGACAGGACAGCUCGGAUUUCUCGGCCAAGCGAGCAGCCGAGGCUGCUGCUCGUGCAAAGGAGGAAGAAGCGGCUGGACGAGCCAAGGCUGAAGAAGAGGCGGCCGCGCAGAUCAGGGCCGAGCAGGCAACUGAGAAACGUGAACGAGAACGACUGGAGGCUGCGGCCAGCGCCCAAGAAAAUGACCUCGAGAAAGAGCGUGAGGCUGCUCAAGCUCGGUUGCGAGCACUAGAGGAGCAAGUCAAGGCUGGCAAGAUCAAGAAGCAGGAAGAAAAGGCUCGCAAAAAGGCUGCGGAGAAAGAGGCAAAGGAGAAGGAGGCCAAGCUUGCAGCACAGCGAGCUGAGCUGGAAGCAGCCCGUGAGCGAGAGCGACAACUCCAGCUCCAGCUUGAGCAAAUUGAGAAUGACUCCUCAUCGGACGAGGACGAGGGCCCGCAGCAAAUCACGCCUCAAGAGAGUACACCUGCAACAAGCCAGGUGCUGACAGGCUCAGUUGCCUCACCUCCGCUCAGCCAUGCUGCCCCAGAACGGUCAGCAAGCAGUGGCUAUGAACCCACGCCUGUUUCUAGUCCCCCUGCUGCUCAAGAGUCAAGGAACCCGUACUUCCGCAAGCUUUCACAGAGCAAACCCGCGGAAAAUGGGCGGCCAGUCUUCUCGCCUCCCCCGGUUCCAGAAGCUCAAACAUUUGCACCACCACCAGCACCACCAACCGCUCCUGCGCCACCGGCUGAAAGUCUCGCAUCUACCAAUCCCUUCCACCGCAUCGCCCAACAAGAGACUGCGAAGCCAUUGACGCCGAGCUUUACUGGAGCUCAGUCGCGACGUCGUCCCGAGGAGGAUGAAUGGUCGGCAGCGGGAUCUGACAAAGACGAAGAAAGCGACGACGACGAAGAUCGUCCCGGGGGCGGAUCUGCGAAGCAUUUGGCUUCUAUCCUGUUCGGCACCAUGGCACCGCCGAGGCCACUUUCGGCAAUGGACAGUAAGCCCCAGACGCCUGUUCAAGAGCCGCCUCCAGUUCCUGGUGCUUUUGAGCCAUCUUCUGCUCCGCCGCCUCCACCGAUUCCUGGGAGUGGCGCCCCUUCCGCACCUCCACCGCCACCACCGAUGCCUGGAAGUGAUGCCCCUACCGCACCUCCACCGCCGCCACCAUUCCCUACCUCUGAUGCCCCUGGAGGUCCGCCCCCUCCACCACCGAUGCCUGCGCCUGCUCGUGCAGGGACAGCUGACAUUGGUGCAUUGCUGGGUGAGAUUCAGUUGGGCAAGGGCUUGCGGAAGACAGAAACGAAAGAUCGUAGUGCUAGUUCAGUCGCUGGAAGGGUUCUUGGCUAG